AUACCAAGACUCCCAGACGAAGUAGCUCAUAGGCUCAUAGCUCCUCCAGAAUCCUUUUCUGCAAUGGGUGCAAUAAAUCUCAAAGCCUACGGCAACAGUGAAUCUGAUGAUAUCUACCUGGAGCUCUUAAUCAAGCUAUAUGGCAUUCUAAGGAAGGUUGAUAGCAAGUUAAAUGAGGCUAUACUCGAGCAAUUGAUCAUUAGUAAAGACAACCAACUUUCAAGAAUUUCUUUGACACGGUUGAUCGAUGCCUUGAAGGACAAGGAGGGCAAAAUUGGUGUUGUUGUAGGUGUUGUAACUGAUCUUGAUUCUACCGUAUAUGAUGUCCCAGCCAUUAAAGUUGCAGCAAUAUCUUUCACAGACAUGGCGCGUGCCCGGAUUGAAAGUGCAGGUGGUGAAUGCAUUAUAUUUGAACAACUCCACUUUGGGGAUAUAUUUGGAUAUAACUCGGUGCUUGUAACGGAGUCAACAACAUCUUGGUGGCCGGACCUCUCCUCUGAGGAGGACUAGUAUAUAGGAGAAAGACAGUGU